AGAAAAAAUCUUGCAUGUUCUGUAGUUUUUGUAUUAAGUCAGUCAUUUUGUAUGCACUCUAUCAAGUAAAAACAGGCGGUUUACCUGUUUACAUUAGUAUCCUAACAAAUUCCGCCCCCUUGCAGCUUCAGACUGGCAUCUGUAUACUUAGAGUUCAAACACAGCACCCAAGAAUACCAAGUAGUUCUUCUAGGCAUAGCUCACCUACACCCAGCGGGGCACAAAGGAGAGGUGGGUGGGUACAGUGUGUGCAAGCUGCAAGUAAGGCCCUUUACUCAUUGAUUUCUUUCCCCCCCGAUAAUGGAUCUUAAAUCUAGAUGUACCGACUUUUUUUUCCUAAAACUUCAACGGAGCUGCUCUUUACUUCCAUGCAAUAUUGUGUACUCGAUUGUGUAUAGAAGAAGCUGGUGAGAGUGCCCUCCUAUAUAAGCAAUUGCAGUGUUUUGCAUGCAAAAUUUUAAGAAUUUAAAUCAUCCUGAUUCUAUUUUGUAAAUGGAGAAACAAUCAUAUCUUUCUAAGCAGUAAUGGAGGAAGACUAGUGCUUUGUGCAUUUUGAUAUAUUUGAGUUCAUUUUUUCCAUCAUGUAAUACUUUUGACGCAAUUGGGUUUCUCAUAUGAUCCUAGUUCAUGUACAUCCGAAUGCUAAAUAAUACCGUGUUUCAGUUUUGUGUUGCAAGAACAAAUGGAAUAAACUUGAAUUGUGCUACAA